AGACCGUAGAGAAGAAGGGUCAAAGCUCUGCUCUAGCUUCGUUGUGAAGAGCAAAAUCCCUGAUUUGUGAGCAAUGGGGCGCUGCCGCCGGUCGGGAUUGAGCAUCCUGUGUUCUCCGCCGCUGCCGCCGUUUCCUCGGCCUCCCGCGCCGGCGCGGCCGCCCGCUGGUCCCUUCUUGCUCCGCUACCCGACCAUCUUCCGCCUCUUCCCACCAGCUCCAGGCUCCAGCCCCCUCGCGCCCUCCCUCUCCACUCUCUGUCGGGCUCACCCACGCGCUCGCCGCCCUGCGCUGCGCAGGGUAGACGACCUCGGGCCUACCCUCGCCGCCACCCGGACCUCUUCGCAUUCGGGCACGCGCUCCAGCUGGUCGACCCCCCACGACGCUUCCUCUGCCGCUCCGCCCUGGUGCCUGGUGCCCAGACCGACCGCCUCAUCGACCGCCUCCGGAGGUUCCCGCACCUCCCUCCUCCGCGCACAUCGGGACUACCUCCGGCCUGCGGCUCCACAGCCUGCCCGGGGUCUCCCCGUUCGAUCCAUUGGGUGAAGACGUGAGCACGGAGAUGGCGGAGCAGCGUGCCUGCGCGCGCGGUGGUGCUGGCGAUGACGGUGGAGAAGCGGACGCUGGUGGACCACCUCACGCACUUCGCCAAGGGACUUCGGGGUGCCCAACGGGCUGCUGAUGGUGCGGCACCCUGAGCUGUUCUACUGAGCAUCAAGGGCGUGCGGCAUUCGGUGUUCCUAGUGGAGGCGGAAUGUGGUGAGCGAUGGAGGUGGGAUUGAGGGGUAAAAGGGCUGGUUGACAGUGGUAAUGAGCAUGAUGUUUGAUGAAGAGUGUCUAUCUGCUACAAUUUUACCCAGGCUGUUGAUGAGUACCAGGAAGGAAUUGGUCCAACUGCAUUCUCCUCAGCAUCUACAGUAGCCACAAGUAUUAGUAAUUGGGAGCUUAAUUUGAUUCUGAAGAUGAAGCCAUGCUUCUUCCCGCUCCGCGUCAUCGUCUCAAUGAGUCCGUGUCCGUGGACGAAGAGGAGCUCGGUUUUGCUGGCAUGUAUGACGAUGGGGCAUCAGUGCUGGUUGGGAUUCAGCACUUGGCGUCGCUGGUUCUGUCAGUGAGCUCAUGGACAAAGAAAAGCUAAGCUGCAGCAAGCGCACGGAAGCUAGUCUGCUGUCAACUGCUUAUGUCUUGGCAAUUUGCCCGGCCAGCAGUCAAUUAGUCAGAACUAAAAGAUAAUGGGUUCCAACUGUUCGUUGCAUCUUGCUUGGCCUGAAGGUAUGGAUUUGAAACAUGUCCAUUAUCUUCUAUUUGGGAAGAAAUUUUCUACAAAACAUUUGUUUGGUAAGCUUAUGAACUUUUACUGUUGACUUGGCAAUUUUCUACAGAUGGUUUGUUACAGGGAAGCACUUACGCAAUGACGUGGAGGUCAGGUGGAGCAAAUAUGGCCUAAAAUUCACUGGAGGUGAAAUUAUUUGCGCCAACCAAAAAAAAAAGGGGGCGUAAGUCUUAGGCUCUUAGCACUAGAUUUCAUGCCUCCUAAACACUAGCUAAAAAAACGAAGGGGCAAGCCUUACCAAAAGACCGUAAAACAAAAAAGGUAGGUGUAAUUUAAUUAGGCCCACUUAGGGGUGUUAAUUCUCCGCAUUGAUGAUGGUAGAUUGGAGGAAGGUCUGACCGUCUCUCUCUACGAACAGGAGCCCUCCGUUCUUCCUCAAAAAAAAAAAAAAAAAAAUACAGGAGCCCUCCGUUGCAACGGGUGAUCUCACUGCCGCUCCCAAUUUUUGGUUUGAUGCGAGAAACCAGCAGCCGUGCCCGAGGUUUUCGGUGCCCCUAACGCAAACGGACACCAGAUGUUGACGCUGGUGAUAGAAAUUGAAUAGUAACGCUACAAAGUAGAAAUUAUGGAGUAGAAGAUUGGCGGCGGCACGGGGCGCGCGAGCGUGCGCCUUCCCUCUCGGGGACCGCAGUCCCAGCGUGACCUCCCGAGCCCCCGGCCCUAUAAAUUGCGCUCCCCGCACGUCCUGCAGUCCACCGUGCUCUCUGCUUUCUCUCCAGUAAACUGUUCUUCCUGCAACGAGGCAGCCAUCAGAGGAAGGUUGGAAAAGACUGGAAGGCAUGGCCAGCGGUGACCGAAGGCAUGGAAAGGAACCGGCAGCGCUGGAGGAGGACAACUUCCCGGAGGGGCUGCACGUGCUCGCCGUCGACGACAACCGCGUCUGCCUCAGGGUCCUGGAGGCUGCUCUGCGCCAGUGCAAAUACAAGCCAACGGGGGUGAUGGACGGGAGGACGGCGCUGAAGCUGCUGAGGGAGAAAGGGGAGGAUCACUUCGACCUGGUGAUCACUGACGUGCACAUGCCGGACAUGGACGGCUUCCAGCUCCUCGAGCUCAUCGGCCUCGAGAUGGAUCUGCCAGUCAUCAUGCUAUCUGUAAAUGGAGAAAAGGCAACCAUGUACAGGGGGAUACGACAUGGGGCCUGUGACUAUAUUGUGAAACCCGCGGACAUAAAGGAGACCAGAAACAUAUGGCAGCAUGUUGUAAGGAAAAACCACGUCGCUGUGAUCCACAACAGCAGUGACAGUGAUGAUGCUGAUCAGAGGGUGGCACGACCAGUGAUUGCCAAGGGUGGCGCAAAGAGUAAGAAGUGCUCAAAGAAGAAGAGAAAUGAUGGAGAAGGCUCUGAUGACAAUAGGGGAAGAAGGCGGAACACCUGGAAGAAACCAAGGGUGUCAUGGACCGGUGAGCUGCACAACAGGUUCCUGGAAGUUGUCAACCGACUCGGCAUCGACAGGGCGGUUCCAAAGGCGAUAUUACAAAUGAUGAAUGUCCAUAACCUUAGUAGGGAGAACGUUGCAAGCCAUUUGCAGAAAUAUCGCUUGUUUCUGAAGAGGGUCACCGAUGACCCCAUGAAGCCUAAUCAUAUGGGUGAUUCUUCUGAAAGCAGGCGAAAUGCCUCGUACAUGGGCAUGAGUCACCAGGGAGUCCCGCCAUCGUCAGCCCUUUGUCCCUGUGGUUCUCACAAUAUCUACGCAGCUCCUCCAUCAAUAUUAGGACCUUACGGUCUGUCUAUUCAGCCCAGGAACUGGGCCACGGGCACAGUCGACAAUGGUGGCCUCAUGCCUGACACAGGAAGCCGCCACGCUUCGGGUCCUCCUGUCGGCCCAUUUGCAAACACAUCAGAUCAGCCAAUGCAGGAUGCAUUUCCUCGUAUCCAUUUCCGUUCUGGCAAAUCCUACCAGAGCGUCCUGCGUCAGAAACUGAUGGAGGUGAACACAAGCGUGGUGCCUUCCUCCCAUCCUGGCACCUCCUCCGUCGCAGCAGAAAUGCCAAAUGGUGGGCAGUUAGAAUCUGCAAACCAGUUCCCGGUGCAGCCUCGAGAACAGAUCAGCCAUUUCUCCGGUCCGAUGGGCAUGGGACCUUCUGCGAUGGGCACGCAUGGCAACACCCAGCUCUCGUACCUUGCUGGGAACUGUAGCAAUCCAUGGCAGAAUAAUGUGGUGCCAUCAAGUUUUGCUGGUUCUAUGGUUGGAGCACCUCUCCUCCCAUCAUCACAGGUGAACGUCAUACUCCCCCAGAUCAACCAGACAAUCUUUGCACCCUCAUCUAGCGAGAUGGCCGUGUUUCAGAAUGAGCAGCAGAAUCAGAUGGCAGGGACCAACAUCAACAACACCACAUCAGUGGGUGUCUACAGUGAGCAGAUGACGCCAUUAUUCAACAUGGCAAGCAACGCAGCCCCAAUGGAGAUGACCAGUGCCAACUUCUCACCGAUGAAUCAGAUGAUGGUCAAUGGGGGAAGCACCAGCUCUCCAUCGCCUAACCUUCAGGCGGGCAACCCUGUCGCGCCGCCGGCUCAGAUGGCUAAUGGUGGUGGAAGCAGCAGCUCCGCAUUGCCUGGCCAUCUGGACAGCUCUGUUGCGCCGCCGGCUCAGAUGGUUAAUGGUGGUAGAAGCAGCAGCUCUGCAUUGCCUGGCCAUCUGGGCAGCUCUGUCACGCUGCAGACUCAGAUGCUUAAUGGAGGGGAGGGUGCAUCUGGCAUUCUACCUGUGCAAGAUGAUCCAGCUGGGCAGCAAGCUUCUGAUGAUCAGCCAACCUACAACACUUCUAACUUCCUGAAGGAUAUUUUUCCCAGCAUGGCUAGUCAGGAUUUCAAUCCAGAUGCUGUUUGGUGAAGAAUAUUAGUCCCUUUGUUCGCCCCACCUGCGCCAGAGAUGUCUCCGCAUUUUGUGCAGGCCAGAUGCUGAUCAUCAGCCCAUGAUUCUUGCACAUUGUAUCUGCGGAGUUGUGCGAAAAAAUGCCGAAUUGUAGUAGGUAGUUAGAAGCAGGGUGUGGGCUUCUACUUUACUUCAGAUUUGUUUUAAAUUAGUCCUUGUGUUUGAAGGAUCAUAAAAUAACUUCAUGUUGCCGAUGUCGAAGAGGACGUGUGGAAUAAUUGGCUAUACGCAUCGUCGAUGCAGAGCCCCGGUUGUAAUAAGACUUCCAUAUUCUAGAAUGGAAAUAAGUUUAUGUUAUAUCAUAUGGAACCAUUUUCA